UCACAUUUUCACAUUUGUUAGCAGCCUCAGACCUCUGCCUCUCCCACCUCGGCUCUCAGACCUCUGCUUCUUCGCCUCUUCGCCUCUUCGCCUCUCUCCUCUUUGCCUCUCGCCUCUCACCGCUUGCCUCUCGACUCUCGUCUCUCGACCUGUGCCGCAGACGGCAGUCGCACCUCGCCAGUCGCCACCAAGCUCAGCCUCUCACUCGCAGAUCUCGUUGCCUCCGGUCAGUAGGACAGCAGUCAGCAGGUCAACAAGAGACAAGAGUCCUCACUCCUCACUUCCUCAGCCUCUCACACUCAGGUGCUUUUAGUUUAAAGUGAGAUUGAAAACCCGGAUUCACUAGAGCUACAAAUCAGUGUUAUUUUGUUAUCUCCCUGGCUCCCCGGUGGGCCUCAGGGUUUGAAAUAAUUGAAGUGUGCCGCUUGUGGAGUAGUGCUAGUCACAAUGGAGAAGGAGAAAAUUGAGGAAUUGAAGGUUCAAGCUCAAAAAUGGCUUCGUGAAGCUGAGGUGUUGGUCAAUCAGAUACCUCCUACUCAACUUUACGCUGCAAUUGGAGUUGUGUUAUUCACGGCUUUUUUGUUCUUUAUCACUCGGUUGUUCAAGCGCACAAUAUCUAACACCGUUGUACUCACUGGGCUUUGUGGGAGUGGAAAAACUAUUUUAUUUUACCAGCUUAAAGAUGGGUCAUCACAUCAGGGCACUGUGACCUCAAUGGAACCCAAUGAAGGCACUUUUAUACUACACUCUGAGACAACCAAGAAGGGCAAAAUAAAACCUGUUCAUGUUGUUGAUGUGCCGGGUCAUUCUCGCCUUCGGCCAAAACUUGAGGAAUUCUUGCCUCAAGCAGCUGCAAUCGUCUUUGUUGUGGAUGCUGUAGAAUUUUUACCCAACUGCCGUGCUGCUUCAGAGUACCUUUAUGAUAUUUUGACCAAGGUGACUGUGGUCAAGAAGAAGAUUCCAGUAGUACUACUCUGCAACAAAGUGGAUAAAGUUACUGCACAUACAAAGGAGUUCAUAAAAAAGCAGCUUGAAAAGGAAAUUGACAAGCUUCGUGCUUCAAGAACUGCUGUAUCCGACGCAGAUAUCUCAAACGAGAUUACACUAGGGACACCUGGAGAAGCGUUCUCAUUUUCACAGUGCGAAAACCAGGUAGUAGUUGGAGAAGCUUCCGGUUUGACAGGCGAAAUCUCUCAGCUAGAGCAGUUUAUUAGGGAGAACGUGAAGCCUUAAACUGGUGCGCCAAGUUGAGCCACCCUUUCUGAUAUGAAGAUGAACCAAGAGAGUAUAUGGAGAUGCUCUGAUGUAUUACAAGUUUGUUUGAUGAGAUAUUUGGAAAUUUGCGGUCAUUUUGAACAGACUUUGAGAGAAUUCAAGAUACCCUUGUUUAUGCAAGGCAUGUAGGUUUCAAAUUAUGAGACAUCAGGGAUCAACCCAAAUCAAAUUGGGCAAACAGACAAUCAGGCUAUUGGCUUGGUAAUUAUGGUAAUUACAAUGCUAAGUUUGACUCUCAAUGGCCUUAUUGGCUUGACAAGUUUCCUGGUCAACCCCCAGAAAAAUUGAGACAUCUAAAUAAAAAGUGCAGUACGUGUUCUCAAAAUUUGAAACCUAAUAUUAUUGGCACUGAUGUUGACAAUGUGCACAAUUAUAAACUGAAAUCCUCAUUCUUGAUCACAGUAAGACUAGUAGAUUACUAUGCAAUAGCUGUACAACUACAGAAGACAGUACAUGGUCAUUUAUCAAUUGGAAAAUAUUACUUGUACU